CCCCCUAUUUUUGAUUUCAUCCAGUUGCUGAGUCCCCCGGCUGAACGGUCCAUCUAACAUAACAUCCAGUCCUUUGAUCGCUUUCUCUGACCCUCACGGUGAGAUCUAGACGGCACUCGCUGUCUCCCCGGCUCGGUCGAGAGCAACGCACGCGCGAAGAAGAUCGAAGGUAGCUCGAUCUCGGCUCCGACGCAAUGCCAAUGGCGAAGAAGAACGCAGAGAGAGCGGCGGAGUGCUUCUUGAUCCGCGUUGCUCUCCUGUCGAGGCUCAGCCUUCUGACUCUGAUCGCCUUUUGGCGCCUCCUCUUCGCCUCCUAUGACACAUCCGCCUCCCUCAACCCUAGCUGCCUCAGUACCGCAGCCCGUGACCAACCGCCGGAAGCCGUACUUUGGCCCCGGCUAGGGGCAGUGAUUGAGGCCAGCGUCGUCUGGGAUGGUGUCUUCUUCCUCCGGAUCGCCCAGUGUGGCUACGAGUACGAGCAGGCGUAUGCCUUCCUCCCUCUUCUUCCCGCCUGCAUCGUCCUACUUUCUCGAUCCGUGUUUGCUCCUUUGGUACCGAUAAUUGGGUACAGAGCUGUGUUGGCGAUAUCAGGUUAUCUGUUGAACAAUCUUGCCUUUUUGCUUGCUGCAGUUUUCUUCUAUAGGGUAUCAGUUAUAGUCUUAAAAGACACAGCGUCUGCAUUAAGAGCAUCAGUUUUGUUCUGCUUUAACCCAGCAUCAAUUUUUUAUUCAUCAAUCUAUUCAGAGAGUCUAUAUGCCUUAUUUUCACUUGGGGGAAUAUACUAUGUAUUUUCUGGUGCAAACACUGUGGCGAUCCUCCUGUUUGCACUCUCUGGUUCAGCUCGGUCAAAUGGAGCACUUAAUGCUGGUUAUUUCUGUUUUCAGGCACUGAGACACGCUUAUGAUGCUAUCAAUCAUAAAAAGAAGUUGCUCGCAGCACAGGCGAUUCUGAUUGGAGCCAUACAAUCUAUUUUAGUAUUUGUGCCAUUUCUGGCAUUCCAAGAAUAUGGAUACUUCACUAUCUGCUUAGGUGGUAAUUCAACUGAUUCGAGGCCUUGGUGCAAUGAGAGAGUCCCUCUUCUAUAUGGUUUUCUUCAAAGUCAUUACUGGGGAGUAGGUUUCCUUAGAUAUUUUCAAGUAAAACAGUUGCCUAAUUUUCUUCUCGCAUCUCCGACUCUAUCUCUGGCUAUUGGCUCAGUUAUUCUUUACUCAAAUUUACUAUAUGAAGCUUUUCAGCCAUUACAUAUGCACAAGAAAAAUGAUUUUACUCUUGUGUCAAAGUCAGUUGAAUCAAAUAAAAGUUCAGAUGCUCCCCAUGCUUCAGCAAAUGAUAUGUCUUAUAAUAAUGGUCAAGCUAAGAAAAAGAUUAAGCGGAGAAAGCAGCAAGAAAUAAAACAGAAAAUUUCAGUGUGUUCAGAAGAUCAUAAGUCUCCUGAUCAAAUUCCUCAAUCAAAAGAAGAAAUUGACUUGAUCUUAGUUCUUCCUUUUAUCUUGCAUCUGGCAUUUCUGACAUUCACUGCCUUCUUCGUGAUGCAUGUACAGGUGUCAACGCGCUUCUUGUCAGCCAGCCCUCCUAUAUACUGGUUUGCAUCUCACCUGUUAGUCUCAAACAGGGUCAACUCCAGAAGAGUGGGCUGCUUGAUCUGUGCUUACUUUGUCAGUUAUGUCCUCCUCGGCAGUUUGCUCUUCUCUAAUUUCUAUCCUUUCACUUGAAGAAGCAGCAGUACUGCAAUGGCUCUCUUGGAUUUUAUGUGCUUGACUGGAAAUUGUAGGCUCAUAUGAGGUAAGAGUAAAUAUCAAAAAUUUAUCAUCAGACAUUUCCAUGUAGAUUAGCCACAAUGGAUAUUCAGUUUUGUAAUUUUUUUUUCUUUCUGUUUUAUUAUAUUUCAAGUAACUAACAGGCUUUGAGUUCAAUGUUGACAUUUAUGAUUAUGUUUAAUUAUUUCCCAUUUGUAUGAACCGUGUUCUAAAACCUGUGCUAUGCUUUUCUUCCCCCAACGUAAGGAACCAUGGUUCCAAGGUCCUGGUUUAACUAUCGGAAGAGCAAUUUGUUGUUCUUAACGACCCGACUCCCUUGGUUUCAUCCAAAUUGUUUAGGAACAUGCAUAAAACUUUCAGCCUUCUAAUGAACUCAUUCAAUAAGUUAUGAGUAUUUAUUUUUGUUAAGACUUUUACGGACUGUCCUGCAAGUGAGCGCCCUUCCCCCAAAUUCAUCCACCGGAUAAAUCUGGAAGCGUUCGCAGCAAUUCGCCUAGUAAUGGAUCUCCACACUAAAAAAUUCACUGUAAAAUUUGUGCUUGCCCUAGUUGAGUUUCAAACCAUGGUAUUCAAUGAAUCCAUCAAAUGUUUUGCCACCACACCAUGGCCGGGGUCUGAGUGUAUUUUUUGCUGCAUAUAUGUGAUCAUACAAAUGCAAUAUUUAAUCAGUUUAAAACUUUUUCCAGCGUGUUGUAAUAAGUGAAAUUGAGCACUAAUUUUUGCAAGAUAUUUUAAAAUAUAAGACUAAUAUGUUCGCAUUACUGCACCUUGACAUUGUUGGAAGUUCAAAUGACAGAAUAUAUAUAGGGUUCUGUUUUCAUGCACCUCUUACCUGCACACCUGCUAUACUAUUUACAUAUUAAAUUUUAUAAAUUCACUCUAAAUUAUCAUUUUACUUUUUUUUUUUGAUUUUACACUUCAAUUUCCAUUUCUUCUCUUUUUCUGUCGCUUGUUUAUUUCCUGAAUUCUUGUUGGUUUGUUGCUCCCAUGAUAGUUCUCCUUUUUUCCCCCAAGUUACUUUAGAAUUUCUCAACUGCACCCUUGGAUUUUGUAUUGUGGAAUUUAUAAAUCUCUGAAAUUUAUUGGUCGAGUAGAUGUAUUAAUUUUUAUAAAAAAUAAAAAAAAUAAAAAAUAAAAAUAAACCUAAAGGACCAUCUGCUUCCCAAACGUAAAGUCGCCCUUCCAUAUGUUCUGAUGCAGCAGUUCAAUCAUGGUUUUAUUGGGGUUUGGCGCUCUCUCUCUCUCUCACAGUUGCGAAACUCGGUUCAUCUAACAUCCAGUCGUUUGAUUGCUUUCUCUGAUCCUCAAGGUUACCUGGCUAGAGGCUCUAAGCUUAAAUUAAACUGUCAUGUCGGAAGAAGCUUCUGGUGAUCAUUCUCAAGGGGGAAUUAGUGGUUCUGGUGCACUCCCUCAUGUUUACUUUCAAUACCCACCCCUGCGAUGCAAUGCUCCUGGAACAUGACAUGACGAUGGGAAUAAGUUGCUUCUGGCACCAUUAUCUGACCAUGUUUUGUCCUGGAAAGUUGGUACAUCACAGUUGGAUCCUCCCAGUUCUGAUUUUGUUGGUGGAGGACCUGGUUUAUUCAUCAGAUAUUCCCUUGAUGCAAAGUUAAUAGGGAUUCAUAGGUCUAAUCAUGAGAUACAAUUCAAGAAUAGAGAAUCCAGGCAGAUAUUUAGUCACAUAUGCAAAACUGACUCUUGAGAGAAUACUUGGAUUCUUUUGGACAGACAGCCCCUCCUGUGAUCUUAUCUUGAUUAAGACAAGUGACAUAAACAUGCUGUCAUAUGAAGCUGAUAUGAAUACUCUUCGGUUGGUGGAGGCUAAACAAUUUAGUCUCAAUUGGUAUGUCUAUACUCAUGAAAGUCGGAUGGUUCUUCUUGCUUCUGGAAUGCAGUGCACAAGACUCUGGGUUUCAGGUAACAUCUAACUUGAUCUAUUGUAAACUUUGAUCUAGCAAAUUGUGCCGCAUUCAGUUCCUUGUGCAAUGUUAUAGUCUAUUUUAAUUAUUUGUUUGUAUUAGGAAAUCUCAGUGGUUUUAGUCUUAUCUUAUCUAUAUAUUUUUAUAUUCAUAUUAAAAAUUUAGAACAAUUAGUGCUAUAUCCUAGAAUCAUCUAGAUUGUUUUUUUUGUCUUUGAAAUUCUCGUUUAUUAAUUUGCUGAAAUAAUUUAUGCCAGAAGUUCUUGGGAUUUUAAUCUAUUCGUCACACCUUUAAAUACAAUUUAUACAUAUUUAAUGUUUUCAAACAGUCCAAAUCUUGAAUCCCUAGUUAGAUACAAAAAUUCAACAUGAUGUAGUUUGGCUCUGGAGAAAUAUCAUCUUAGUUGAGAAAGAUAAGAAUUGAGGAUCAAUGCAAGAAGUGGAAUAUGCAGAUAGGAAAGUUGUUAGAACAUAAAUCUACAAUAAUUUAGGACAAUGACAGAAGUUUUUUUCAGUGAUAUAAUGCCACAUAUUACUUCUGAAGCUUAUUCAGUUAUCUCAAGCUGCCUCAGAGAAAUCAGUUGACCUAUGAUGCCACUCAUUGCUUCUAGAAAGCAGCUGAAGGAUUGUCCAUCAAGCUAAGGAAGGUGUAUUCAAUCAAGAAAUUGGAUGACUUUCAUUGAUUUUUUUUUUAAUAAUAGAUUUUUGUGAAGUUGAUUGAUUUUUAUUGACUUGUAUAAAAUCUCACGUAGUUGUGAAAAGAAUUCUAUGGAGUUUUAUAGACUUUUUUGUAAGACUUUUACAGACAUUUAUAAACUUUUUCAUAGAAACUUGUGGAUU